UGGGAAUAAUAUUGGGUCCUCCCCUUCUUGUCGUUAUCUUUAAUUAAUAGGUAUUAUUUAUAUAUAUAUAUAUAUAGAAAAGAAAACUAGGCAAGUACACAACGAAGCCGGGGGAAGCUGGUGGAUCCUUCGUAAGGAAUUUCUUCUAUAUAAGUAGACCUAUGUAUUAGCCAAAUACUCGGUCCAUCACCCUCACCGAGGCCUCCCUACCCCACCUUCCCCGUCAAUCGACCUGGCUAGCUAGCUAACUUCACAAUCCAUCCCACUUCACCUAUACUAUAUAUCUUUGUCUCCCUACUGAUAGAUAGGUAAAUACAUAGAUAGAUAUAGUACCGGACGUACGGAAUACUACUACUUAUAGAAGGUCAUGGACAUGUCUAGUGAUGAUCAUGUUGUAGAAGAUCAUAAACAUGAAGAAAUGGAGAAGGAGAUGGAUGUGGAGGAAGAAUUUCCUCAUCAGGAUCAUCAGCUCAAAGGGAAGAAAAAAUCAUUGCCAAAGUUGAGAAGAUACGACUCCUUGGACGUCGAAUCCAGAAGCGUACGAGAUCAUGUACAUGGCGGCCAUGGCUCCAAGGGUGUGGAGUGGUCAAUGAUAUUGCACCUAGCAUUUCAGAGCAUCGGAAUAGUGUACGGGGACAUUGGUACAUCUCCACUCUAUGUAUUUCCCAGCACAUUCUCAAACGGCAUCAUCAAGCACAAUGAUGAUAUUUUGGGUGUUCUCUCCAUGAUCUUUUACACUCUCACCCUCAUCCCCUUGGUUAAAUACGUUUUCAUCGUCUUACGAGCCAAUGAUAAUGGCGAUGGUAAUUAAGUUCUUUUAUAUUAACUUUAAACAUUUUGAUUUAUUUAGAGCUCCUGAUCUCAUGCUUGCAUGUUAGUUAAUUAGUAAUUAAUAUAGAGAAAGUACGACUACUUGCAGAUCUCUCACAGUUUCAUAAGUACCCCCAUGUGUGUUUUCUGUGAUAGAUUUAAAUUAGGUCAAAAGUGAACAUGUUUUUUCUCUUACUAGAGUUACUCUCCUCGGAAGCCUGCUUCGUCUGCUUCUGCUAGGUUUUUCAUCUGCUCACAUGAUAAUCUGUUAUUUUUGUCAUGGGGCCGGGGAUAUAUAUCUUUUGGCUGUAUCUUUCAUUUUCUGAGAAAAUUUUGAUAUUUCCAUGCACAUACGUAAAUAUUAAUCCAAAAUUGUCUUCCAGGCGAAAAAAUUGUUUUUAGUUUCAUAGUCAUCCUCUUUCGCAGCAUUCAGCUAUCUUCUGAUGAAUAUACUGAAUCCUCCGACCUCAAUUUUAUUAUGGUGUUUGUUUACUCGAGAUUCAAGGGCCCACUAGUUGCCACAA